UAUAAUUGGAUUGUGUGUAUUAUUCUUUCAUAGGUAAUAAAGGACUGUUGCCCGAAAGGUCGAUCUUACUGCUCCUCGGUCGCUGCCUGAACUGCUGUGCUCUUCCAGCACCACUUAUCCAGCAUCUGGUUUCCAGCAUCUGCAGUCAUUGUUUUUACCUAAUAAACAUCACUUGUCCACCAUUAAUUUCCCAUGAGACCAUAGGAUAUAAAAGCAGAAAUCGACCAUUUGGGACAUCGCUCUACCAUUUGACCAUGGCUGCAGAUAUGCAGCAUAAGCAGGGAACAGAACGGUACUGAGAGUAAGACUUCAACAAGACAUUCGAGCCGCCGAGAUAUUCUGCGAAAGAUGGGUUUGAAUACAUGCAUUAUUUUCUUCUCACUACUAACCAUGGCUUCUCUCGUUGUUUCUAAAGGUCAAAGGAAGCCGAAUAUUGCCAUGAAACCUUCGUUGGAAGCUGUCGUUCGAGGUGAAAACGUUAAAAUUGUCUGCACGUUUCACAGCGGCUGUGAAAACUCUCGGGUUUCUCUGUUGAGAAGCAGCAAAGCAAAAGCUAUUUCUAGAGCGCGGACGGCUGGCAAACUGUGUUCUGCUUCCUUUCAAAUUGCCCCCAAUCUGACAGAAACGUAUACGUGUGUGUACAAUCUGAGAGGAGCUGGGGAACAGGAAGUUUUGCAACGCAGUGAUCCAUUGCAUCUUAAUGUGAUCGAUCGUCCUGUGACCCCAUCCAUUGAGUUGGAUGGUGGCCUCAGCACAUUCAUCUUUGGACAUCAUGCAAAAAUCAAGUGCUACCUCAGCUCCAAGUAUUCGUGCUCUUCACUCUACUUACACAGAAACGGACAAAAGCUGACAAACUCGAAUGUUCAAAGUGACUUCAAUUACCACAUGGCAACUUUUGAAAUUCCAAUAACCGCACGCGAAAUGUUUACCUGCUCUUGCGAACUUACAUUGGAGCAAAGCUUGUUGAGCUCAGAGCAGAGUUACUCAGUCUAUGUAACAGUUAUUGACAAACCACAGAAACCGAGCCUCUCGCUGAAUCAUUCCGAGAACAUAUUCAUCAGGGGCGAAUUGGUUAACAUGACUUGCAGUGUAGAUUUCCAAUCGUCCUCUUACAGUUUCUACCUGUAUACUGGUGAGCAGAAAACACACAGCCAUUUUGCUGAUCAAAAUCACAGUUUCACCAUUUUCGAAAUUCAGGCGGCUGUGCCAGAAUAUUAUAUGUGCGAGUGUGGGAUGACUGUCUCUGGGCAUCGGAGAUAUUCAGAGCUCAGUGACAAGCUGUAUUUGAACGUGGUCGAACGACCUAAAAGGCCUCGAAUCAAACUCAACGCGUCUGUGAGGAUAUUUUUGAAGGGUGAACCCCUCAGCAUCACAUGUCAAGUGGACGUUCUGUACUCAGUCCGCCAGUUUUUUUUGUAUAGAAGCACCAAUGGCCAUUCUCUUGAGGAGAUCAGUGAAGACAGUGGCUCCACUUCUGUCAAUUUCCAGAUUGUAGCCAAUGACCCAGGAGAGUACUGGUGUGCCUAUCAAGCAAGAAUUGCCGGGCGAUUGAUAGACUCGGAGACCAGCGUCUCUGUUCUCGUCCCUGUGUUCGAUCGCCCUGCAGAACCAGAGAUUUCCCUGAACCUGAAUUUUACAACAGUCAUUAAGGGGGAAUUGCUACUGUUGACUUGCAAAGCUCCAACUCAAGAUUCAGACAAGAUGUUUUAUUUGUACAAUAAUAACAACUCACUGGAAGCAGUGCCCCCUAUAAUCACGAAGGGGAGACAGAUAGGAAUAUUUAACAUCACGGAGACAGUGAAUCCUGGAGUCGAACAAUACAAAUGCAUGUACAGCAUGGUCGUUGAAGAACGAUUGAUCAGUUCGAAGCAAAGCAAUCCAAUGAUAUUGACGAUAAAAGACCAUAUACUGAAACCGACUUGCCUGCUAGAGUUUCAUGGUUAUCCAACUGCAAAGGGUCAAAAUGUCACUGUGAAUUGUACAGCGCCAAUUCCCUAUCCUUCUAUGAGAUUUAUUUUCUACGAGUUUUCUCAAACCCUCAUUGAUUCCACACAAGUGCUUUCUGGUCAGAGUUCUGCUGCCAUGGAUAUCCUGGUCCCUCCAUUUCGAAGCAAGAACAUUGAGUAUUCAUGUCGCUAUCAAGUGGACAUUGGUGGGAGAUGGAUAGAGUCAGACACGUGUAAACUUCACCAUACAGAUGGAAUUAACAUGCAACUUCUGUUUAUUCUGGGAUCUGCCCUGCUGCUACUUCUGUUCAUCUUCAUUUUGAUCUGCACAUUGAUAAUUAUUAAAGGAGGAAGGAACAGGGAAGGACCUGUAACUUUGGAUCAGGAUACUAGGAUGCACACACUCGACUAUCCAAUGAUCAGCUGGGAUCCAACAACUGGAACUGUCCCCGAAGAUUUGGAGUAUGUAUAUGAUACGGUAGAUGCUACAGAUUUAUGCACAAUCUCCGGACAACAUUGGAGGAGAGAACCUUCCCUUUAUGCAACAGUGAAAUAGCAGCCAUCAAACUCAUUGUAGUUCACCAGUUUGGUCAUGAUGGUAGAAAUGGUCAAACAGAGCUUAAUUCAUCGCUUUAUUUCUGUGCUUUGUUCUGAACAUUUGGACGCCAAUCACACCAUUAACAAUAAACACUUCUCCAUACAUCCAGUCGAGCCUCUUUGACCUUCAGCUACGUUGGUGAUUUUAGUGUUGCUCUUCUGUAUUGAAAUUAUUUUUAAUUGCUUACUUAGGCACUUUCCCUGAUUCAAUUCUAUAUUGGCAAGAGAUUCUAACCAUCACUCGUUGACAUUUGAUGCUAUCACCAUCUGUGAAUCCUUACUCCCCACACCCCGAACCCCUACCUCCCACCACCAUUAUCAAUAUUCUGGAGGUUACCACUGAAAGGUAAUCUAACUAUCAAUCCUUGACAUUCAAUACUAUGACCAUCACUCAAUAUACCA